AUGGACCUCGAUUACCCACGAGGGUAUCGCCAUCCAAUACGACGAGAACUACUCCCAGAAGAUCCAGACCAUUCUCAUCGCCACCAAAACCCGCAUGGCCACGGCUAUAGGGACCACAAAAACACGCACCACCGAAGUGAAGAACAUCGUGAUGACAAACACCGUUCACAUCAUGAUCGAAAUAUCGCUGGCGGAGCGAUUGCAGGUGCAGGUCUUGCUGAGCUAGUUCAUCAGCAUCAUAAGAGGAAGGGGGAUCAUGCGAGUCAUGGUGUUGGCCAUUUUUUUCGCACUGUUGGUGCUGGUGCUCUAGGUGCUGUGGCUGCCAACGAGAUCUCGAAGGCUCAUGAGGCUCAUCGGGCUAAAGAGUCACACUCGGACUCGCACUCGCAUGGUGGUCAUGACCAUGGACAUGGAAAUGGGGACGGAUAUGGGUAUUAUAAGAGAUAG